AACUGCAUUACCGUAGCUCAGCACGCGCAUUUACGCUCUGUACUCGGACCAAAUCCCAGCUCGCGCACGCAAUCCGUUUACGCUCGAAGAGAGGCCCCCCGCUUCCCUUUGCUCCGGCUAUCAAACAUUCUAGUCCGUCAAAGCCUUAACUUAAGACGUCCAACCUUGCCGAGAGCGACCCAGGUCCCUCGGUGAAAACUCCCUGACAGAGAAGGCACAGGCAGGCGCGGCUUGGAGAGGAAGAAUGGCGGAUUCGAGCAGCACCGCAGCGGUCGGGGCCGCAGCGUCAGCCUCCAACAGCGCUACUGCUGCUGGGGCGGCUGGCACUGUUGCGCAUGAUGGAGCGCCGGGUGCUACGGGGCAGAAACCCGCGUCAGAGUCUGUGAAGGGCCAGAUCUUCGACGUGGGGCCCCGCUACACCAACCUGUCUUACAUCGGGGAGGGGGCAUACGGAAUGGUGUGCUCUGCCCUGGACCACGUGACCAACCAGCGCGUGGCCAUCAAGAAAAUCAGCCCUUUUGAACACCAGACCUACUGCCAGCGCACACUGAGGGAGAUCAAGAUCCUGCUGCGUUUCAACCAUGAGAAUAUCAUCGGCAUCAAUGACAUUCUAAGAGCUCGCCACAUCGACAACAUGAGAGACGUUUACAUUGUGCAGACGCUGAUGGAGACAGACCUGUACAAGCUGCUGAAGAGCCAGAAGCUGAGCAACGACCACGUCUGCUAUUUCCUCUACCAGAUCCUGCGAGGACUCAAGUACAUCCACUCUGCCAACGUGUUGCACCGGGACCUCAAGCCCUCCAACUUGCUUAUCAACACCACUUGCGACCUCAAGAUUUGCGAUUUUGGACUGGCACGGAUCGCUGACCCUGAGCACGACCACACAGGAUUCUUGACCGAGUACGUGGCUACGCGUUGGUAUAGGGCUCCAGAAAUCAUGCUGAACUCAAAGGGCUACUCUAAGUCCAUUGACAUUUGGUCAGUGGGCUGCAUCCUGGCUGAGAUGUUAUCAAACAAGCCCAUCUUCCCUGGGAAGCAUUACUUGGAUCAGCUCAACCACAUUCUGGGUGUCCUUGGCUCUCCAUCCCAAGAAGAUCUGAACUGCAUCAUUAACAUGAAAGCCCGAAACUAUCUGCAGUCCCUGCCUGAAAAACCCAAAAUCCCCUGGGAGAAGCUUUUCUGCAGGGGCGACCCAAAAGCUUUGGACCUGCUGGGCCGCAUGUUGACCUUUAACCCCAACAAGCGUAUCAGUGUUGAGGAGGCACUGGCUCAUCCUUAUCUGGAGCAGUACUACGACCCCACGGAUGAGCCAGUGGCAGAAGAGCCCUUCACUUUCACCAUGGAGUUGGAUGACCUUCCCAAGGAGAAGCUGAAGGAACUCAUAUUUGAAGAGACGGCUCGCUUCCAGGAGACCUAUCAGGGCUCCUGAGACACACAGUCUAAAAGGGUCUCUACGCCAACCACAGGAUUGGAACCUGAAGCCCCCCCCCCCCCCCCCCCUCAGAUGACAUGCUUAAAUACAAGAAAAUGCAUCCUCAGAAAUCCAAGGAAAAGAUAAAAACUCAAAACAUUGGCUGCUUUUCUUUCCAUUUCCACCGCAAGAAAGCUAAGUGUUUGAAUUUGAUUUGCGUGUUUAGGUGGGGCCGUUGCGGCUCUUCGCUCUUUACUCUCCUCUGCACUCUUCAGUUUCUUCUGUCCUGUUUUUUUUCCAGCCCCCUCUCCAUCAUGAUCACCUUUCAUUACCCGAUCAAUCUCUUCUUUGUUGUUGUUGGUUUUUCCCCCAGCUCUCUUGCACACAAAUAUAAACGACUAUUCCUUAUUAAUCGACACCAUUACUCUGUCUUGCUACAUACGUGUAUGUACAGUAGAACUUGCAAACGAGGGCUAAAAGAAUGGGGGAGGGGUGCUUGUUGUGUGGGUUUAUGUACAUUACAUACAAAAACUUUAAAACAAAAAAAAAAAGCUUUUUAAGGAGGCUCGUCAUAGCUUUCAUUCAUACGCAAUUGUUUGCUUUAAAAAAAAAAAAAAAAAUCAGCUUCCUUGUAUUUAUGUUUGAUUGAUCUGUGCAAGUCAUUUUAAACGUUUGACAUUCAGGCAAAUGUUUUCACUGGCAUGUUUACAGGUUUUUCUUCUUUUCUAAAUGAUGUUCAUAUGAAUGCAUGCAUUCCUGAAAUUAACCAAAGUGGAUGAGAGAUGCAAGAAACUCAAAAGUGGGCAGCGACCGGAUUGACCAACGUGUUUUUGAAAUGUUUCUCGAGCUGCUACAGCUCAGACAAAGGGCAAGAUAGAUUGAACUCACCCUCUAUUUGUUAGUCACACUAAGGUGCGGUUCAAAGCAAGUCAGUCAUGUUGCCAAGUCGCACAAAGCUCCAGAAUACGCUCGGAUGCUUUCUGCAAUGUGCACCUACUCGGUUAUUAUUCUGCAUUUGAGGUUGUAUGAGCAGUAAAAGCACAAGUACAGUACGACUGCACAGGCAUAAAAGACAGUCGGCCAGUGAGAUGCACUCGUUUCCCCUCCUCCGCUCAAUAUUAACACCAAGGAAGCCACCACGGCAUCCUGUUACUGCUAUCUCAUUUAGCUCGCUUGUCUCCAUCAUUCACUCAACUGCAUGACAAGGAAGCAUACGCUGCUUAACCUGCGGAAUGUUUCGAGUCAAAUUUCAGGACGGACCUCAAAAAUGGAAGUCGAAACGUUUGCACCAUGUAACUUUGUGAGGGGAGGGAUUGUGCCAUCUUACACCAAACUGUCAGUUGAAGUCAGGAAGUCUUUUCAGGUUGGAAUCAUUUUUGCCUCAGUAAACGUGUGAGUGUGUAUGUUGAGUAGGUGUAGUUGGACAGUUAUUUUUAUUCCUCCGCCCCCCCCCCCCCCCCCCCCAAGAACGGCUCCCUCCUUUUACUACUGGCGAAACUGCAUGUGACUUGAAGCUCCCAAAACGUCACGUUCAACUCAAUCUUUUGUAGUUGUGUUGCUUUUGUGCGCCCAUCUUCUCUGACGUUGUUUAUCCAGUUGCCAUAGUGACCCGCCUCACUGCGCAAAAUAGUGGCAUUGUUUCUCAUUGUUUUCUAGUGUGUGUGUGUGUGUGUGUGUCUUUACGUACUGCUACUUGGGGGGAGCGCCACCCCAUGCGAUCAACUCAGCAACUGCACGUGUGCUUAGGUGGUCCCGACGCCGGAACGCUUUUUCAAAUGUCGUCCAAAGCUGUCGCUGUUCUUUCAGAAGCCAUAGCCAGCACUAUGACUGUCCCAACAAUGGGUGUGAGGCUUUUGUUGUGCUCGUGGUGAAAAAUCCAUCGAUGAUAUUCGCCUUCCCAACACUUGCCACGCUUUACUCAAAAGGGCUGCCUCCGUCCCUGCCUCCCUUUUCCUGUGUGCACUUCUUUCCAGCCACGACUUUGCCAAUCGCCAACACUUUUUUUCCAACCCAAUCAGCACGUCUGCACUUUUUUUGGGGGUCCUCAGUCUUUUCCAUCUGCUCACUCAGCUUUAAUUGUCAUGCUUUGUGUAUGUGUGAUUUCAGUCAGGUCUAUGUGUAUCUAUAGUAAUCAUCAUCCAAGAUUUUUUUUUUUCGUUCUCCUAAUUUUGCGUGUUGGCUUGGACGGCAUCUCUAUUUGUGCGUUUUCAUAGGUGAGAUUUUUAAGGUCUUGCAAAAAAAAUAACGUGUUUGUUUCAUUUGAGUAUCCAUCAGCCAUCAGUACGCCAACCCUGCUUGCUUUUUUUUUUCCCCCCCUCCUCUGACGUGACAUUAGAUUAGGUCGCCAUGGUUCCCAACCAAGAGGACAAGGUUUCGCAAUCGCACACACGUACACACUCUUUAACUGAGAAGUGUAUCUGUGUGAGUCUGUGAAAUGUUGCACUUGAACAUGUCAUACACAUUCACACAGUAUUGAUGAUUCUAGUGGCCUGUCUGUCAUGCGGCCUGGUUCCAGAUAUCGUUGUUUUUAAAUGGUUGUUCUUAUUAUUACCGUUGUUAUACUGGUGAGGUUUUUUUUUUAUUUAUUUAAAAGGGAGUAUCAUUUUUUUUUUGUUAAAUAAUCAGUAUCAUUUAUUUGUAUUUUUUUUUCUUAUUAAUUUGUCUUAUGGGCGUGAUAAUUGAUAGUCUUUUCUGUGUUUCGGAUUUUUUUUUCUCUUCUUGGAUUUUUCCCUCCAAGUUCUUUUUAAGGAAUUAUUUUUAAGGAGUUAUUUGUCGAUUGUCAAAGAGAUAUGAGUUAAGGGUUGUAGUGUGUAUAUUGUAUGGAUAUUAAUUAAAUGAUUAACAAAGCAACAAAAUUAUAUUGCAUAUAAUUGAAUAAAAAAUUCCUGAUACUGUU